GCCGGCACAAGUGGUUGGGGCCCCUUCAUCUGUAAUGUAAACAGCUGUUUCCUAGGGCUCUUGAAAUGAGAAUAAGCCCCAUUUGUUCCCCAGGAUUGAGGAAAAGAUGCAAAAAGCAGCACACUGCUUGAAAUGGUUUCUUCACCACUACAUGUGGACUACAUACCACUUUCAGUAAGAAAAACAAGACACAUCCCAAAAGAUCUUCUUGGCUGUUGCAAUAUACGUGGUGUAACUUGUUUCCUAUAUAAAGCACCGUGAUGUCCCAUCCUGUAGUGAAACAAUUAAUAUGUGGAAAGUCAC